GAUUUCCGUUUCCGGCGCGCCUCGCUCUGGUCCCUGCGGCGGCGGCCGAGCCUUGUGCCUCCGCCAUAUUGUCUGUGUGCGGCGGCGGCGGCGGCGGUAGCGGCCGCGCCAGGUGGAGGAAUCUGAGGCCUUUCUCUGUCAGCACUGCAGACCAGAUCGCCUCUGAUUUCACAUCUCACUUCCGCCUGCCAAGCUGUCUGAUAUGUCGGGACCCGUGCCGAGCAGGGCCAGAGUUUACACGGAUGUGAACACACACAGACCCCGGGAGUACUGGGACUAUGAGUCACAUGUUGUUGAGUGGGGAAAUCAAGAUGACUACCAGCUAGUUCGAAAAUUAGGCCGAGGCAAAUACAGUGAAGUGUUUGAAGCCAUCAACAUUACAAAUAACGAAAAAGUAGUUGUUAAAAUUCUCAAGCCUGUUAAAAAGAAGAAAAUCAAGCGUGAAAUCAAGAUCUUAGAGAACUUGCGAGGCGGUCCCAAUAUAAUCACCCUUGCAGAUAUAGUAAAAGAUCCUGUGUCUCGAACACCCGCUCUGGUUUUUGAACAUGUAAACAACACAGACUUUAAGCAAUUAUACCAGACAUUAACAGAUUAUGAUAUUCGAUUCUACAUGUAUGAGAUUUUGAAGGCUCUAGAUUACUGCCAUAGCAUGGGAAUCAUGCACAGAGAUGUCAAACCUCACAACGUCAUGAUUGACCAUGAGCACAGAAAGCUUAGACUAAUAGACUGGGGUUUGGCUGAAUUCUAUCACCCUGGCCAAGAGUACAAUGUCAGAGUGGCUUCCAGAUAUUUCAAAGGACCUGAACUUCUUGUAGAUUAUCAGAUGUAUGAUUACAGUCUGGAUAUGUGGAGCUUGGGUUGCAUGUUGGCUAGUAUGAUAUUCCGAAAGGAGCCAUUUUUCCAUGGCCAUGACAACUAUGAUCAGCUGGUGAGGAUAGCCAAGGUGCUGGGGACAGAAGAUCUUUAUGACUACAUUGACAAAUACAACAUUGAGCUGGAUCCACGUUUCAAUGACAUCUUGGGCAGACACUCCCGUAAGCGAUGGGAGCGCUUUGUCCACAGUGAGAACCAACAUCUGGUGAGUCCAGAAGCGCUGGAUUUCUUAGACAAGCUGCUGCGAUAUGAUCACCAGUCACGACUCACAGCAAGAGAAGCCAUGGAACACCCCUACUUCUAUCCCAUUGUGAAAGACCAGGCUCGGAUGGGCCCGUCCAACAUGCCGGGUGGCAGCACUCCUGUCAGCAGUGCGAGCAUGAUGUCAGGGAUUUCUUCAGUGCCAACACCUUCACCCCUUGGACCUCUAGCAGGCUCACCUGUCAUCUCUGCCACCACCACCCUGGGGAUGCCAGUUCCAGCUGCUGCAGGCGCCCAGCAGUAGUGAUGGGCUCUGUCUCCUGCUGCCUGAGCUGAGUCAGGUUUCGAGCUGGUGGCUACUUAAAGCUGGAAAAAUCAGACUGCGCCAAGUCCGAUCCCACAUCUUCACCCACCAUCCCCUCCCUCACGUGCCAUGUGGUGAGAAUACCAGUUACCUCACAGUCUUGUAAAUAUGCACUGAGAGGAAGGAGCGAGGAGACGUUAACUUAAACUGAAAUGGUAGAUCAGUAAUUGUGGACAAAUAUUAUCAUUGACAACGGAAAAGCACCCUUGUUACAGCCCUGCUACCCCUUGCUGUGUAUAUAUACUUUGUCCUUCAUAUGUGAAAGAUCCAGUGUUGGAAUUCUUUGGUGUAAAUAAACAUUUGGUUUUAUUUAUCGA